AUGGACUUCGAUUCCGAGACACAAGCAACCUCAUCUCAGCGCAUGUACACCGCGCGAGCUGACAACUAUGAGAACUCAUUCCAUCCCGACUGGACCAAGCGCUUCAUGGCCGUCGCCGAUAUCCAACCCGGUGAACGCGUUUUGAUUCUAGCUUGCGGCACCGGCCUCGAGGUCUUCAGCGCUGCCGACCAGGUGGGCGACACGGGCGAGAUCGUCGGCCUCGACGUCACCGAGGCCAUGCUCAACAAGGCGAGAGAGAAGCUAGAGCGCCUCAAGCCGAGUGCAAACAUUCGUCUGUUCCUUCACGAUGCCACAAAAUUGGAGACAUUGCCGGAGCUGGAGGGGCAAAGUUUUGAUGCCAUCUUGUGCUCCAGCGCCUUUGUUCUCUUUGACGACCCUGAAGGUGUCGUUGCGAGGUGGCGCAACUUCCUGAGACCGGGAGGCAGGGUGGUCAUCGAUAUCACGCAUGAGGACAACUUCAAGAUCGGACUCAUUCUGGAGAAGGCGGCUAAGCGCCUACGGUCACGAUUUCCCAGCAACAGAUCCUGGAUCACGGACAAGAACUCCUUCACAAAGAUUCUCGAGAGCGCAGGGUACGUGGUGGACAGGAUCGAACUAAUGCAUGACAUUUCCGGGAAAGGAGACACAUAUUACGGUAUGGACCAGAUUGACGAGCAGUUUGAGCAUGUCACGAGCACGUCGUUGGUUACCAGUCUCCCGACGGAAGAGUUCAGGGAUCAGGCUAGGGCACUAUUUCACGAAGAGUGGAAAAAGGCUGCCGUUGACGGCCAAGUCGUCAACGUAGAUGCUCUCUAUAUCUAUGUAGCCCGGAGAACCUAG